CUUGUGAAGCCUCUUUGUGGUACCAGUAGGCAUUGUUUGGUUCUCUAUAGUAAACGCCAUCUCUUGAGCUUGUGAGAAAAUGUUACCUUCGGAUCAGUCGUCAACGGUUUUCCAUUAGUCGUACUGAAAGUUUGAACACAUUAAUGGCGUCGUUUGGUUGACGCCUUGAUAGCGUCUUUCCAAAAAUGGUGAAUAAAUUGUGCUUCAAAAAAUUGCUCAGUUUGCCGGGCACACUGUCUACCACAUGUUCUAUCAGAGAGUAUUUGAGCAUCAAAGGUUGCUUGGUUUGAAAUUGGUUCCCAAGUUAAAACUUGCUCACAUUUGGCCAUCAACCUGGCAGAGAAUGACGGAUCGGAAGCUACAGAAAAGCUUACAAAGCUUAUUAAUGACACAUUUGACAUUAUGAAUGGACGACACAAGGGUGAGUCAAUUAAUGGGAACAACUGGAAUAAUUUAGUCGAAAUGGAGGGAAAGGUAACAAAGGGGAAAAAAUCUGUACUCGAAGACAUGCUAAAAAUAAUAGAGUUAACUGAGGAGUGCCAUCGCAAUCCUGGAAAACGUCCAAUAAUGGCCGCAUUUGCGUCAGAUACGACUCUAGAUGGCUGGCGCUUGUCUAUCCGUAGCACCAUUGACUUGACAGAAGAGUUAUUGAAUCCAAAAAACCCUUUAGAGAAAUACGAUUUCGUACUGACAGCAAAAUGGAACCAAGACGCCUUAGAGAUGACUUUUGGGCGCAUACGUUCAGUCGAUACACAUCCAACGGCUACAAGUUUUCUACAUAUUAUCAGGAUGAUGUCAUUGUACACACCCGCGAAGAUACUAUUGCGGAACGCAAAUGUAGAAAAUGAUGACCAUUUUAGGGUGCUCGUCGAUUUUAAGGAGUGUCUCAUUAAAAAAUUCCGCGACAAUGCUAAGGCUGCUGCUGAUUUAAGGGUAGCAAUGAAAGAUGAUUUAAUGGAAGAGCUGGGAAAGCGUUACGUGAACGAGUUGCCCUUGUCCAAAGAAGAUAGAAUCGGUAACUUUCUCAUAUACGAUGUAGCAGGUUACAUGGUGAAAACGAGAGAAAACCUUUUCGAGUGUGAGGCAUGCAGACAGACCGUAAUUACCAAAGAAGCAGAUCUACCAAGUGAUUUUGACGCAGAUGCAUACACGAGAGCUCGAACCAAAGGUGGACUGGUGUUUGUCACCCUGUCAAUGUACCAAACUUUGUGCGCAAUUGAAAAAGUUGUCUCAAACCACUUUAAGUCACUUAAUCAUAUUUAUAUCACUGAUACAUUCCAAGAGUGUAUAGCAAAAGUUAAAUUAACCAAUGUACCCCCUUUUUGUGAUACUCAUCGCCAUUGUAAUAUGGGAACUUUAAUAAUGGAGUAUGUAAAAGUGAGAUAUUAUUUUGAAUCUAAACGUUUGAAAGAUGUUUUAUUGUCCAAAGAACAAACAACAGUCCAGGCGAGUUUCAAACUGGCCAAAAAUGCCCAUACAAGAAAUUUAAUACAAAGUAAUACUUAAA